AUGGCUCACAUCGCCGCACAAGAAGCGCCCGUCGCGCCCAAAAUGACUCUUCUAUACAGCAUGGACGCCCUCCUAGGCGAACGAUUCUCAUUAGGCCCAAUACCUACCGGCGACGAACGCAUCGUGAUCCCGAUCGUCGGCGGCACGUUCAAGGGCCCGAGGAUGAACGGAACAGUUCUCAACGUCGGCGCAGACUGGCGGCUCACGGAUGCACAGGCUGUGAUCCGGCCGGAUGCGCGGUAUGCGAUUCGAACGGACGAUGGAGCGAAUAUCGUGGUUGUGACGGAGGGGUUUCCGUGGCCGGAUGGGAGGACGAUGCUGAGGGGGAAGUUCGAGACGAGCACGAAUGGAAGUUAUGCGUGGUUGAACGAUGUGGUUGGGGUGGGUGUUUUGAAGAGGAAUGGGACGAGUGCGGUGAGGAUUGAUAUGUGGCAUGCGACGCCGGGGGAUGAGUAG